AUGGCUCUGACCGUUGGCGUCCUCGCGCUCCAGGGAGGCUUUGCAGAACAUCUCAGCUGCCUCAGAAAAGCAGCAGCUCAUCUCGAGGUUAAAUUCAACAUGGUGGAAGUCCGAACCCCAGAGCAGCUCGCAACCUGUCAUGCCUUGGUCAUUCCGGGUGGAGAGAGCACAACACUUUCACUUCUCGCAACGCAGUCGGGGCUGCUGGGGCCGCUGCGAGACUUUGUCAAAGUAAAGAGGAAACCUACCUGGGGCACCUGUGCCGGGCUCAUCAUGCUGUCGGAAGAAGCGAGCUCCGCCAAGAGAGGUGGCCAAGAGCUCAUUGGCGGGCUCGAUGUGAGAGUUCAUCGCAACCAUUUUGGGAGGCAAAAAGAGAGCUUCGUGACUGAUUUAAAUUUGGCGUUCCUGGCAGAGUCUUUGACUGACGCGAUGAGGGCACCUCCUUUUCCGUGUGUGUUCAUUCGAGCUCCGGUGGUGGACAAGCUGUUAGCGGACAACGUUGAGGAAACGUCUCCUGAAAACGGUGCCGAUUUCCAGAGUCUGCCAUCUCCCGCGACAAAUAACCAAACACUGGCUCAAGGGUCAAAGAUCGAGGUCUUGGGAAUUCUGCUGGGGCGUCACGCUUCGAAUAAGGCAGCAGCAGCUGCUGAGACGGCUAGGUCAGUCUCUACCAAAGGCGAUGGCGACAUUGUUGCUUUGCGACAAGGCAAUGUCUUUGGGACCAGCUUCCACCCAGAACUGACAGAGGAUAUUCGGAUACAUCUAUGGUGGUUGGAGCAAGUAGUACAUGCUUCUAUGAAGUAA